GGAAGGUGAUGUUGUCGUGGGAGAGACCCCUCGUAGGAAAGGAAGGGGUUAAGGAGCUUUUAAGGCUCCGAUCGAUGCCUCCUUUCCUACACGUCGCCAUGAACAAAUGAAUUCGCGGGGAAUUAAAUAUCAUUUUCACAAAGAAGAACGAGUCUUGUGCUUUGAACCCGAUCCUACCAAGGCUAAAGUGUUGUAUGACGCCAAGGUCCUUGAUGUCCUAAUAGGUACAGAUGAACAUGGAAGACGAAUCCCAAAGUACCUGAUUCACUUCAAUGGUUGGAGCAGAAGCUGGGACCGCUGGGCUGCAGAGGACCAUGUCCUAAGGGACACCGAGGAAAACCGUAAAUUGCAACGUAAACUGGCCCGCAAAGCUCUCGGUCGCAUGAAGAAGAAAGGAUGGACGAAGAGGCGUCGUCGUCAGUCUGGAACUAAAUCCUCUCUGAAGACUCUCCCUAAGGAGGACGACAGCGAUGACGCGUGUUUGAUUUCAACUUCAGAUAGCAGUGAAGGGGACGACUCUGACCCUGAAUCUUCUAAUAGUGGAGACAGUGCCUUCUCUGAGGAUAUAAACAAAAUGAGGGUUGAGCCAGACAUCAAUGUGAAGAGGGAGUGUGAGGAGAAGAUUGUUCAUGUGGACAUCAGCAUCCCUGAUGUUCUGAAGAAGAAGUUAGAAGAUGACUGCUUCUACAUCAACAAAAGGAAAAAGCUUGUCAUGGUUCCCUGUCAGCCCAAUGUGGUGCAUAUCCUGGAGUCCUACGUCAAACACUUUGCCAUCAACAAAGCGUUCAUGGCCAAUGAGAGGUACAGGCGUCAGCAGAGCACCACACAGAACAGCAGUCCACAGCCAGUUCCUCCAGAGAAGAGUGAGGAGCUGUGUAAGGAAAUGGUCGAUGGCCUGAGGAUCACUUUCGACUUCACCUUACCCAUGAUCCUCCUGUACCCCUGUGAACAAGCUCAGUUCAAAAAGGUCAGCUCCUCCAGGGUCUUCCUGGCUACGAAUGAAGGCUCGCCGUGCUCCAGCAGUGCCCACCAGGAGCGCAGCCCCAGCCCCCCGGGACACAACCCCCCCACCCCCCAGUCCACCGACAGUCAGCCGGCGCUGAGUGACACGUCCGCCACCACGCCCACUGCCUCCGCCCCCACGCCAAAGCGCCGGCGGCACCCGGACAUGGACUGUAUCUCCUACCAGUCUCAGUCCCUCAGGCGCUCCACCAGGAACACGGCAGCAGGCGAGCGGCCGGCUGAGGGAAGCAGCGGAGGUGGAGGCAGCGCUACAGCAUCCCCGCAGCUCAAACGCCGUCUGGUCGAGACAUCGGCACAGCCCAAGUUCUUCCUCAGCCUUGAGAGAAAGACCCCUGUCCACAGUGGUUCAUCUUCCCCGUUGCCCUUGACGCCAAGCAAAGAGCAGAGCGGGCCGUUCUACGGCCUGGAGAGCCGCAGGAACAACGAGCUCAAUGAGGUUCUGAGCUGGAAGCUGACUCCUGACAACUACCCUCAGCACGACCAGCCCCCCCCGCCCUCCUACCUGUACGGAUCACAGCACCUGCUGCGGCUUUUUGUGAAACUGCCAGAGAUCCUGGGAAAAAUGCAGAUCCCAGAGCGGAAUCUCCGUGCCCUGAUCAAACAUCUGGAGCUUUUUCUCAGGUUUCUGGCGGAGUUCCACGAGGAUUUUUUCCCAGAGUCUGCGUAUGUUUCUGCUUCUGAGGCCCACUACAACAUGAAACAGCCCAGGCCCGUUUUCUGACGUAGAGCUGGCUCCUGUUCCCCGUCUCCUGCUCGAUCCGAAUCCCUGCAGCUUUUCUGACCCUGCCCUCAGAGGAAUAUCUCCAACCUUAAUUCUAAUUUCAUCUGUGUUCUGUUGUCUGCGCCUUCUUCUCCUCCGGACGGGCACGUUUCCCGGUGUUGCUUCCUUCAUUCCGCUAACUGGCGCCUGCACUCUGCCCUCGGCGCUCUGCUACUUGGAUUUGUGUGUGUGCCGACUACCCUCACAGGCCCAUAGCCAGGCCCACAGCCUACGCCUUUUUACCAGGUGACUUCACAGCCACCGUUUAGGAACGUGGUUGCUUUUUCAUUGAAGGGAGUGACACGGAUUAGAAAGUUCUAUUCAUUUUUCUAUUUCCAAUGAAGUUGUUUUGGAGGAUCCGGAGGGGAUUUAUAUGGAGCUUAUCCUUCCUGAGGAGAGACUUCCUGCUCUUCCAUGCAGCAGACCAGAACAACUCCUAACAAUGCUAAUCUUUGUCUUGGAUUUGCUCACUGACUUCUAAACCCCACUCAAAGUUGUUGUUUUCUUUCUCCUAAUUUCUCACUAAAGACCUUAUUUCUCUCUUUGCCGUCCUGUGCACGUCUAUCGAAUACUGAAGUUACCUUUACGCGGGACGACUGCGCUCUGAUUUUCUCUGUGGAAUCUCAGCCCAAGUGUCACUGUGGAGACUUUUGUGUCGCAAAGCAAACAGAGCCAUCAUUGUUUUUGGAGCGGUUGACUUGACUUGGAGUAGAACCUUUGUCACAGACCAGCUUCGGCAGAAGGUCAGCGGACGCCUGUGUGGUGUGGUGUGGUGUCACCACCAUGACCCAAGCCUUCGCCUUUUAGACAAGAUAAAAAAUGCUCCGGAUGAAAAUAAAGUUAUGAGCUAAUAUAAUCUUGAGAAAAUCUAAAUGAAUACAACUCAUGUCAAUCAGUGUGCUACAAUCUCUUCUUCUGCCCCGCAAAACCUUUGGACCACACUUUGUCAUUAUUUGUAAAGUGUUUCAAUUGCUUCUGUGUUUGUUCUCUGCGGUCAUUUUUGGUUUGUCAAAAUAAACAUUAAAAAUUUUUGCUUAUUAAUGUAUAUUUAUGUUUCUGGGCCAGUUGUAUCAGAAAAUGUUAUUUAAAUUGGAUUUAUUGGUGUGGUGGAUCCAGGUUAUUCAUUUGACUGUCACAUUAAAAAUGUAACUUUUGCCAGCUGUUUUGAAGCCACGAAAAGCUCGUCACCUGGGAGUUUGACCAGAACAAAAGCCAGUCUGGAUGAAAAUCUGGUUUUAUUUCUUAUCUCAGAUUAAGCAAUGAGACAGUCAGUAUAUUUCAAUUUUACAUUGAGUGGACACCAAAGCAAUUUACACAGAUUAAGGAGUGUAAACAAGAGUACAUUUCCAAGGAACCAUUCUAAAAUCAGGAGUCAGUCGGUGGGGGAUUGUUUGGUCGGUUAUAUGCACCUAAUGGAAUGCAGCAGAGAAAGUUUGAAAGAAAUUUGUGUAUGUUCUCUAAAAUGGAGUCUUUUAUCUCUGCUCAUUGUGUCGCGACAUACAUUUGUGGGACUUUCUGUUCCUUAAGGAAGCGUUGGACAGGUCUUUCUUCCCUUUGAGCUAUGAAAUGGGACUAUGACUGUUGAUGCAAAACACAACCUUUCCUUUUAAAAAAUGGUUUGUCGGUUGAGCAGCAGCUGUCAACUAGGAUAUCUAGGCUUUUAUGUCCUGUUCCAUCCAGGGCAGCCAUAGUCCUAGUGUAGCUUAUGGACUUGGCCCAAUGAAGUUUGGUUUGAGUGGUGUAGGUUGAUGCAUUUUAAAAAGGUAAAAAUCUGUUCAUGACGGACAGCAUGAUUAACAUUUCAUCCCUUCUUUUUUAUACUUAUGCUUCCUAAAAAAUGGAAAAGGUGUCAGUUAUUUGACUAAUGUAUAGAAAAGUUGAAAAUAAAAACCUGUCAAGCUGUUCUGCUGAAGCAUGGCUGAGUAUGUCUGAAUGGAAGUGGAACUUUGCUUUUAUGUAAAUUUGAUAAAGCAUUCUCUU